GCUCCGAUCCCGAUUGGACGCGGCUGCUAAUCAGAUUGUGCACUCACUCGGAACAUCUGAUUGCACACGCAGUGGCGUGACGUCACGGUCACCUGGCAGCUUAUUGGCCAUGCAGCCGGACGAGCGGCGGGCGUCGUUUUCGUUGCCACGCUUUCUUUGAAACAGGGAGAGUUUUACUAGUAGUUGGGUGCUUCUAGUGUCAGUCGUACGUUCUUGUGGUUUUGUUGUGCUCUAGUGACUCUUCUGCCCCUGUCAUAGAUUUUAGGGUUCAACCAAAGUGACAGUUGGAGCUGGACUUCCGCUCAUUUCACAUUAACGCUACUUCGGCUCUUCUUGUUUCCUGCGGUCUCAAAAUUUUAGUCCCAAACGUUGCUUCCACUGGGCACCUCACUGGAGUGGCCGAUUGUAGGUCGGCCAGGAGGAGGUGCUGCCGCCUUUGGAGCCUACACAACGAUGCCCCAUAAAGGUACGCACCCUUUCAUCAUAGGGCACAGCGGCAUCAACCAGCUGGGCGGCGUGUACGUGAACGGGCGUCCUCUGCCAGACUCCACGCGUCAAAAAAUCGUGGAGCUGGCCCACAGUGGCGCCCGUCCCUGCGACAUCUCUCGCAUCCUCCAGGUCUCCAACGGCUGCGUAUCCAAGAUCCUGGGCAGAUACUAUGAGACAGGGUCCAUCAAACCCAGAGCAAUAGGCGGCAGUAAGCCACGCGUGGCGACACCACAUGUGGUGGCCAAAAUAGCCGACUACAAAAGGGAGUGUCCAUCCAUAUUUGCUUGGGAAAUUAGAGACAGAUUAUUGUCCGAAGGCGUAUGCAACAAUGACAAUAUACCUAGCGUUUCUUCAAUCAACAGAGUGCUCCGUAACCUAGCCGCUCAGAAAGAGCAACAGCAACAACACCACCAGCACCAACUGACGGUGCCGGGAGCCGAGCUCGUGUACGACAAACUGCGAAUGCUAAACGGCGGCCAGCCGUGGCCCUGGUACCAUACCGGGGCGUCGCAUCUGACGGCUGCCGGCGUGCCCCACGGGACGUCCCCGGCAGGACUGUCUGCGGCAGCCGCUGCAGCAGCCGCGGCGACAGGCAGUCUGGUCGGCCCCGUAACUUCGGCGGGUCUCGGCGUUUGCAAUGGACAACACAAUGGAAGUGAUUCUAGUGCCAAAAAAAGUGGAAAUGAAGCAACCUCUGACGGGAAUUCAGAGAACAAUUCAUCAGCGGACGAAGAUUCACAGAUGCGCAUGCGCCUGAAACGUAAGCUGCAACGAAAUCGAACCUCGUUUGCCAAUGAGCAGAUCGAGGCCCUUGAAAAAGAAUUUGAAAGAACUCAUUAUCCAGAUGUAUUUGCAAGGGAAAGGUUAGCAGAAAAAAUUGCUUUACCAGAAGCUCGAAUACAGGUUUGGUUUUCAAAUCGUCGAGCAAAAUGGCGAAGAGAAGAAAAGCUUCGAAACCAAAGAAGGACGGUGGACCAAGUCAGUGCAACAAGUGUCGCCACACCCACUGCCGGUCGGUUACCAUUAAAUGGUACCUUUGCGAAUACCAUGUACCCCUCAUUAGGACAACCCAUGGGAGCCAUGACAGAUUCAUACGGCAUGACGCCCGUUUCGGGAAUGACGCCGAGCUCUUGUCUACAGCAGAGGGAUCCUGGAGCUUAUUCCUACAUGCUACACGAUACUCUCAGUUUAGGAGCGUAUUCGCGUGCAUCGUGUACUCCAGCGCAAGCAAUGAAUUCACAUCCUUCAUAUGCAGUCAGUGGGACAAGUCCACACAGUGCUGGUGUCAUAUCUCCAGGUGUAACAGUUCCAGUGCAAGUACCUGGACAAACACCCGAUAUAUCGGUCACGAGUAAUUACUGGCCUCGGAUUCAGUGACGAAAGGACUCCAGUGGUCGUCACAAGUGGUCGUCCAGUAGUCAUCAACACCAACACCAACAACAACAACCGCAACAAAUUUCCCAACACCAACAACAAGAUAUGCUAAAUGACCGAGGUCUUUCGAUUCUGGAUGGGUUAAGGUUGGGUGAAUCCCCUUACCUACAUCCUUUCUUUCUACACUUGGCUUCAGGUAUGGAAAGAAAUCAUCACCAAUGGAAUAUGCCUCCUGUUGAAUCCACAGCUAUCCGAGACACAGAAGACAAGACCAAAGUCGAAGACACCAAACCGCCUCCUGAACACAGCCAGCCGUUGGUUCAAGAUUUCCAAAAGGUUGAAUAGUUUCAGUCAAAAGGAUUGCUUUUGUUUUUAUGGUUACACAAGAAGACUUCAAGUAUCACCAAAUAAGGUUGAGUUUUAUAGCCUGAUUUCGAUGUUUGCAAAGAACUGAAGUUACAAACUUUACAUAACUGGUAUUGUAUCAAGUUUAAGUAUGUGGCUGUUUUACAGCCGGUGUAUGUAUCAUUUUUUUUCAAUAGAUAAUGCGAAGCUUUAUUUUUGUCUGAGCAAGUUUAAAAUUAUCUUAUUUGUGGUAAGAAGCAUGUAUCUUCUUAUGUAUGUUUAAGGAUUAAUGUGAUACAAUGUUUAAUUACAGCACUUCAACUUUUGAAAUAUUUGUAAUGUCAGCCGUUGAAGUAUUUUUUGCUUUCCAUUCAGAUGCACCGAUAAACUGAUAUAUUCAGUCCUUCAAUGUAAUUUAAUAAGAAUUUUUUUAAAAAUCUGGAACCGCUAACUACAUUUAAAUAUCACUGUGUGACAUAGAUGUAUAUUAUCCGGAAUUUAAACCUUUAUUUUAACUAUAAAAUGUUUUGUUUUGCUGCUUGGUGUUUGUUACAAGGUAGUAUCCAUUGGGAAAUCUGAAGGGCCAAUAGCAAUUCUAAGUAUAUAUUAAAACUAAAUUAGCUUUUUUUUAUCUUUAAAGAAUAGAUAACUCCGAAAAUAUUUUUUUUUCUCUUUACUUCUUCUGUUUGUGAUUUUCAACAACGUUGAGCUUGAAGCAAAAUAUUGGAGCAAUACUUCAAAGAACUCUAAUUUCUGUGAAUAUAUGAUAUUUGUAUAUUUAGUUUUGUAUAAU